AUGUUCAACGUAACCAGCUUCGUCGGCGCCGAUCGCAAGCAGCGCGAGCUGAAAGAGGCGUUUCUGGCCGAGGCAACGGCAGUGAAAGGAUUCGCCGCAAGGGGAUUCAGCUUCACCUUUAUACCACCGAGGGCUCAGCACUUCGGCGGAUUAUGGGAAGCAGCCGUGAAGUCCGCCAAACACCACAUCGUUCGCGUAAUCGGCAACGCGCUACUCACAGCAGAGAAGCUUACUACACUGUUGGCCGAAGUGAAGGCUAUCCUCAACUCGCGCCCCUUAGUACCUCUGAGCCAAGAUCCCAACGACGGCGAGGCGUUACGGAUACGCUGGUGUAUCUGUUAA